CGAUAAAACACUUCUAAGCACUUGAUGAUGAAGCAUACAGAGCUUUUUAUAGAGCAUUGAAGUAUUGUGAAAGGAAAUUUAAGCAUAUUUCUUAGGUAUAAGUCGAGAUUGAAGUGAUGGCUAAUGAAGAAACUAAACCAGUCGAAGACCAAGCAUCGGUGUCGGUAGUCAACGCGCUGUCAAUCAGGCAAAUCGUGCAUAAUUUCCUGGACUAUACCACAGCACAUGGCUGUGGUCGUUGGGCGGCUUCACGUGGAGUGUUUUGGUCAUGCUUCUGGGCGAUAUUAAUUCUUGGAGCGCAUGCUGCGUUUUAUUAUCAUUCUUGUUUGCUUGUAAGAAAUUACUUACAGAAAGCAACAAGGACCAGAAUGUCUCACCAUAAUAAAAAGAAACUCGAUUUCCCAGUUGUUACCAUUUGUAAUAGAAACAUGUUGCGAAAUAGUAUGAUAGGACCUGAUAUGAAGAAAAGUAKCGAUGAAAUCCUAAAUAUUACGACAGAGCAAAAGCCCCAAGACACACAUCUGAAAACAUCAAGAUCCUAUCUACGAACUGAAGACAAGCACCCUGACGAAGCAAAAGAAGAUUCAUUUAAAGCUAUGUGCAGUAAGUACCCAAAGAAAGACUUGGUCGAAAUGGGUCAUCAGCUUAAGGACAUGUUACUGGAUUGCUCGUUUGGAGGACAAAGCUGCAGGAACAUAAAUGACGCUAGGACUUGGAGACAUGUCUGGAUUGAAGAUGUGGGGAAUUGCUUCAUGUUUAAUCGAGCUCUGGAUGAAAAGGGGGAAACGACUCGACCACAUAAGCAACUUUUCCAAGGGCGGGAUAAUGGUAAGUAAAACCUCUCCUCUCCUGCUAAAGAGGGUUUGCAAGGAGGAUUUGCAGAAGG